GGCUGCGCUGGUUGCGGAAGCCUCGGGAAUUCCGACAAUGCUCCUGGAGUACGAUUUGCGCCCAUACUCAUCCCGCAUCGUCGUCAGAAACGGUAUCCUGUAAGGACUGACGGAUCAUCGCGAGGAUCGCGGAGAGAGAAGUGCUCUUUUCCCUGUAGCCGACCUUCCGCUCAUCCCCGGCUCAUGGUGUGAUCAAGGGUUUUGGAACCAGGAAAAAACCGCAAUCGAAACCUCGACAUGGCGGGAUCCAUGUCGCGACAGUGGGAACUGUUGAUAUACUGUGCUUUCGUAUCUGUAGUGUGCUGGAUCGCUAACAUCGUGAACUCGAAAGUUCCCAUACCCUACAUGGACGAAAUUUUCCACGUCGGGCAAGCACAACGGUACUGUGAUGGGGACUAUUCUACUUGGGACCCGAAAAUCACGACGCCGCCAGGGCUUUACUUCUCAAGUAAACCGAUGAGUCUACUCACCGCCUGCUCCCUGGACGUCUUACGAGCAACCAACAUAAUUUUCACGCUCGCGAACGUCUAUACCAUGCACCAGAUCCGGCAGCAUCUCCAGCACGACUCUGUGAUAACUUCGUUGGUCAUCGUGCUUCUUCCCGUGAACUUUUUCUUCACGUUCCUUUACUACACUGAUCCGGGAUGUAUAUUCUGCCUGUUGCUCAUGUAUUUAUUUUUUCUGAAGGGACAGCACUACCUAGCCGCGUUGUCCGGCUUUGCGGGAAUAUUCUUCAGGCAGACAUCUGUAGUUUGGGUUUUCUUCGUCGCCUGUCUGACCCUUUCGAAACACGUAGAGCGUGUGAUCAAGCUGCCAAUCCCUACCUCCGAUAAAUUCAAGACAUUGUUGAUAGAUGCUCUACGAGACUGUUUCGGCUACGGAGUCGUCGGUGUUCUGUUUCUGGUUUUCCUGAAGCUCAACGAUGGCAUCACGCUGGGGGAUCGAGAUGCUCACAAGGCCGUGAUCCACUUGGCUCAGAUCGGGAACUUCCUCUUGUUCGCGCUGCUCUUCGGCGCGCCGUAUAUUCUCAGCUUGAGCAAUUUCAUACGGUUCCUAGACUUCGCGACGAAGUAUCCCAUCCACAUCUUGGUGACUUCUCUCGUGAUGUACGGUCUCUUCGAGAACUUCAUAUACGUCCAUCCUUACAUGCUCGCCGACAAUCGUCAUUACACGUUCUACAUCUGGAGGAGAUUCCUCUCGAGAGAAUCGAUUCGCCAAGUUAUGGUCGUCGUGUAUAUAUACGUAGCGUUCUGUCUAUACAACUGUGUCAGGCACAUGGGGCGCGUAUGGAUAACAUUUUUCGUACUGUGUACGAUGAUCACGAUAGUUCCUCAGCAGUUGUUCGAGUUUCGGUACUUCGUCUGGCCUUUGCUGGUCCUUCGCUUGCAUUUUCGUCAGAAGAAACACCAGCUAGUCGCCGAGGCCCUUGCGUACAUCGCUCUGAACUGCAUCACUUUCUACAUAUUCCUGUUCAGCCCCUUCGUGUGGCGCCACGAUCCUGGACACAUACAGCGCUUCAUGUGGUGAACGGCGAACGUCCAGUGUAAAGUUGUAAAAAUCUUACGUAUAUCGUCGAUAAUAAUCUAUCGGAGUUAUUUUGUUUGAUGAUAAUUAAUAGUAGCGGCACUGAAUAAACUUCGGUGGGACAG